CGUUGAAGUUGUACCUUUCCUUGAUUAUAAAAAAAAAUGAAAUUAAUUUUAACUUUAUAAUAAUAACAUUAAAAUACUAAAUGGAACGUCCCGAGUACGAAUACGAUAGAAUAGAAAAAUCGAGAAGAAUAGAAAUGGAUACGUCUAUUAAGUUUCAGUUGUUGAUUGUGGCCUGUAUUAAUAUUGGCCAGAUUGUAGUGGGAUACAGCGUCGGAUGGUCAGCUCCGAUCAUUCCUAAAUUACAGGACAACUCUACUUCGCCUUUGCCUGAGCCUAUAACGGACCUUCAGGCAUCAUGGAUUGGUUCACUGCUUUAUAUAGGAGCCAUGAGUGGUCCUUACGUCACUGGCAUAUUAUCAAAUCUGAUUGGCCGAAAACCUUGUUUGCUGAUUGGUGGAUGCAUAAAUGUGCUGUCCUACAUUCUGGUCAUCACCACGAAAAAUGUGGCAAUGGUGAUGGCGUUAAGGGUGAUGAGCGGACUUGGAAUGGGAAUCACAACGGUUUGCAAUAUUGUAUAUGUCGGUGAAAUAGCGUCGACUAACAUAAGAGGUAUACUACUCACAUCUACAGGUAUAGUCGGGAUAACUGGUACAUUAAUAGUGUACGCGGUAGUACCAUACGUAUCUUAUGUAGCUACGGGGUACAUAGCACUAGCUAUAAGCAUAGCGCAUGUACUUGGACUGUUCUUCUUCGUACCAGAAUCACCAGUAUACUACGCUAUGAAAGGUCAAGAAAUAAAGACAGCGAAAACACUCAACUUAUUAGGAAGGUCUUCUGAUUUAGAUAAAGUGUUAGAGACAUUUGCACAUAAGAAAGGUGAAACUUCAAGUAAAAUAAAUGACUGGAUUGAAAUAUUUACCAUCAAAUCAAACAGAAUGUCCUUGUUUAUAACAUUUACAUUGGGAGCUCUACAGCAAACAAGUGGUGUGGCUGUAGUAUUAUUCUUUGCGACAACAAUCUUUCAAUUAGCUGGAUCAAGUAUACGACCUGAUUUGGCAACUAUUAUUAUUGGAGUUACAAGGCUGAUAUCUAGUCUGAUCGCUCCAACAUUUGUAGAAAGAUCUGGAAGAAAGAUUCUUUUGUUGGUUUCUAUGGUUGCUUGUGCUGUCAGUUUAGGCGUACUCGGUCUAUAUUUCUAUUUGGACAGGGUAAAGAGUCCGGCCAUUGAAUCUAUUGGCUGGUUGCCGUUGGUUGCCUUGAUUAUUUAUUUCUUUUCAUAUGAAGCUGGUUUCGGUACAAUACCAAAUGCGAUAGUCGGGGAGAUGUUCCGUGCCAACGUGCGUGCUAAUGGCUCCGCUCUCGCCAUAACCCUCACAUGGCUCGUUGGCUUCGGUCUUACGACCGGCUUCAACAGUAUGAUAGAUGUACUUGGUGGUGACGUAACGUUCUGGAUUUUUGGAGGUUCCUGUAUUGUUGCGUUCUUCUUCACAUACUUCUUUGUACCGGAGACGAAAGGGAAGACUUUAAAUGAAAUACAAGAAAUGAUGAGCUAGCUGAAGAUAAUGGAGGUGAAGGUCAUUGCAAUGACUGCUAAGUUAAGAAUCAUAAAAUUAUUAAUAAGAAAGACCUCUUGGGGUAGAUUUGUAUAAAAAUAUAUACAAAAGAAAUUUGAGUCUUACAGUAAGCUUCAUUCCACUAAGCGGCUAGUGUUAUGUCUCUAUCCGUGUGCAACUGUUUUUAUUUUAGCAAUAUUUGCAAUGUAGUCGCGCCGGUCGUGGUAAUAUGGGGUCGUCCACAGAUAAGUAGACAUAAACUACGCCUGUUUAUAAAUAAGAAAAAUAAAUAACGAAGUAACUAUGAUACUUUAGAUU